AUGCGACUGGCAGCGAAGCGUGCAUCCAAGUUGCUGAUUGAUGCAGAGGCCGACCCUGCAUCUGAAUCUGAUAUCUCUGUCUAUAAAGAUACUAAAAGUAGUCUUGCACAAAACUACAUUUGUGCUCCUGCUUACGAAGGUUAUGUUUACAGCGGUGUUUCUGAAGCUAUUCAACAACUUCAAUCCACUUGGGAAUUCGUUGCAGUGUGCCAGUUCUUCCAUCUGUACUACAAUGACUUUGGAAUGGACGAUUUUUACACCGAGCAACUUGAAGACAACUUGCCACAAAUUCCAGCAACAAAGUACAUUAUCGAUAUCCAUAUUUUAUUAUUACAACGUUCCACUUGUGUACGAAAUAUAGAUCAUAGUAACUGGCUUGGGGUAUUUUCAACACAGCUAAAAAAGCGCAUGGAAGACGAGGAUAAUAUGAUUGCAGGAUUUAUUGACGGAAUAGAGUAUGACAACAUUCCACUUUGUACCAAGGUGCUAAUUCUCCAAAGAUUAUGUGAUUGGCAAUUCGUAGAUUUGGAUCGAUUUAAACCAUUAAAGAAUACUGAAGAGAAUGACCAGCUCCUAUGGAGAGUGGAGCCAAUCGGAUUUGAUGCUCAGAACAAUACAUAUUUUUUAUUUGACGAUAACAGAGUGUAUAUGGACACUUCAAAAAGGAACGGCUUAUUGGCUCACUCAAGACGGAAAAUGACGAUUGAAUCCGAUUCGGAUGAUGAUUUAUCAGGAACACCCAGUAAAAAGUGGACAAUGGUUUGUAGAACGAUAAAAGACUGGGAGACAUGGCCAGAGAGGUUUCAAGCAUCUACGCAUCCCGAUGAGCGCGCGCUUUAUAAAUAUCUAACCCUAGAAGCUAAACCACAUGCCAUUUCACAGAUCAAGAAAUGGAAUACAGUACGCAACUUGUCCGAGGCACUUCAAAAUCGUAAAAGAUCUACUCGGCUACAGAUUCGUGAGCUGACCGACUCAGAGUCAAUGUAUAAUGGCGUUUCUUCUAGGAGUAGGCGUCAAACUAGAGCGACCGAGAAUACAGGAAACAGUAGUUUAAAUUUAGUUAAACGAUUAGAAGAGGAGUCUAGACGCAAAGAAGCACAACACAAAGCCAAGGAGUUGAAACGAUUAGAGUUGGAAAAAAAGCGAGAGAGUCGAAUUUUAGAACGAGCUCGACGAAAUAUCAAAUACGAAUCUUUACCAUUGUACGUCCUACCAAAAGUUGAACAGCAAUCUGUAGAUGAUUUUCAGCAUUCCACUUCAUUUGGUGGUGCUAAUGACUCGCACCCUAUUUCUCCGACACGCCUGAUGAGUGCUUUGGAUGGAUCUAUUCCGAGCACAUCUACUGCUUUUGUAAAAAACAAACGGAAGACGUAUGCUGAAAUGUCUAAGUCAGAUGUGGUCGAGUCCAGCCUUACUCGACAAAGAUCUAAACCAGUCAAAAGCAGCUAUUCAUCUACACCUAAACGGACAAGAACAGUUGCCACCACUUCAGCAUUUACUGAUGACUUGGUUGUAAACACCCCGACUACCGAAUCAAUUAAACAGAACACAAAAAUGGCUGUUUCUUUUUUGAAUGAUGAGCCUGUGGAAAUGCCAGAAGCUAAUAAUGAAACCUGGUUUUUUCAUUGUCGAUGCGGUCUCAGUGGAAUAAAUCUUGAUGAUGGAUUUCCUAUGAUUGAAUGUGGAUCGUGUAAAAAAUGGUCACAUAUUGCAUGUGCAAUUACCACGAAGUCGGGGAAACCGUGCACUUCUGCGCAAGUUCAAAAGUGGGAAGCGAACGAUUACACUUGUCCCAAAUGUACGAUCAAGGCACGAAGAAAAAGCGCAGCUGCCAUUAAAACCUUUAAAUCCAGCCCAUCCACGCUAUCUGCAGCUGCAUUUCCUGGAGACGCUCAGUAUCUAGCUUCAGAUGAUGAUGUGUCUGAUCGUUCUCAGCUCGGCUUACCUCUGUCAAUGAAAACAAAAAAAAGAAGAGUUGUAUCAGAUAUGAAUGCAAAACCAACUCAAAAACAACCAGUAUCUCAGACAUUUACUUAUUCUCCAAGCGCCAAUGAACCAGUCUGGAACAACAACGUGGUGUAUUAUGAAUCUAACCAGCCAGUGAUUCAUACUGACAGUAAUGGUCAUGAUUGGGGUUUUGCACGAGGACUUGAUGCAAUUGUAGAAGCCGCAUUGUAUUCCGAUACUAGCACUACAAGCUCGACGGUUGCAUCCAACGUGUUUAACACUUACAAUGGAAACGCAGAUGGAAAUGCGUGGAUAGCUCAUCGUGGAACCAACCACCCAGUUACACUCCAGCCGCAGUCAGUUGAGUCUAAUGCAAGCCAGGACAUGAAUGCAGAUUUGGUACGCCCGACACAACCUCAUUCUAGGAUUCCCUCGGCAGAGUUGUCGAGCGUAACCGGCCUGUUAUCGCUUGUUGCCGAACGACAUAAUGGAACAAAUCAUCCGGUGACCGAGCCUACUCGGCAAUUACUCCAACGAUUGACAGCUUCGGAGAAUAGUUACUAG